AUGCCCCAUCCCCGCAUCUACUCCACCGGCUCCCUCGACCCCUUCAACCCCAUCCUCGUCACCCCCGUCAUCGGCACCGAAUUCUCCAAAAACAGCUGCAACAUCGUCGACGACAUCCUCAACGCCCCCAAUGCCGAACAACGCAUCCGUGACCUCGCCCCGAACGCGGCGUCGUCUUCUUCCGCGCCCAAAAUAACCUCACAAACGAGCACCAAAAAUCCCCUCAUCCUCCAAAUGGGCCACCUGACCACCCGUCCCGCGGACCACGGAUUGCACAUUCACCCCGUUACCAACGACGCGCGGGAAUUCGGCGACCCAGAUCCCGAAAUCAGUACCAUCAACUCGGAAGGGAGGAAGAAACUCUACAAAGGGUCGGAGUAUACUCGUAUGGCGGCCGUUUGGCAUAGUGCUAUUGCAUUUGAGAAGGCGCCGGCGGAUUUUUCCAGUUUGAGGCUUGUGACGUUGCCGAUGACCGGGGGGGAUACCUUGUGGGCGUCGGGGUAUGAGGUUUAUGAUCGGAUUAGUAAACCGUAUCGCGGGUUUUUGGAGGGGUUGACGGUGACGCAUGUCGGGGAGGGGUUUCGGAGGAUGGCAAAGAGUGGGGGGUUUAGCAUGUUUACGGGGGAGAGGGGGGCGCCGGUGAAUGUGGGGGAGGAGUUGGAGGCGGUGCAUCCGGUAUCUUCUCCCUUGUGGUUUGGGUGUUUCAAAUGGGAUGGGGGAUGGAAGUCGAUUUUCCCAAUCGGUAUGUGCAUUCCCAAGAUCAAUGGACUGACUCGCCGAGAGAGCGCCAAUAUGCUGCAAUACUUUCAUGAUCUAAUCACAUACGGUCAUGACCUGCAGGUGCGGUUCAAACUGACUGGAGUAGCUAUCUGGGAUAAUCGCAGUGUGUUCCACACCGCUACGGGCGAUCACGAAGGGUUCGGCCCGAGAAGUGGUAAUCGCGCUGUCGGAGUGGGAGAGGUGCCCUAUUUUGACCCGGAGAGUAAAUCUAGACGGGAGGAUCUGGAAAUCGAGGAUACCUUGUCUCCGGCGCAUUGGUGA